AUGACGAAGCCGGGCAUGGUCGAAGCCGGGUGCGUCACCUUCGUCGCCGUCGCCAUCGGCGGCUCCGUCUUCUUCUUCGUCAGGGGCACCCUGCGCAGCUCCUCCGAAGGCUGCCGCCUCGCCGGCGGCAUCCAGUCGGCCGUCGCCAACGCGCCCCGCGUCCGCCGCUGGGCGGCCUGGCGCGGCGUCGUGACCGCCCUGCGUGCCGGCAUGGAACACGUGCACCACGUCCAGGGCCCCUUGAAGAUGGCGGUCGCCUGGGGAGCCGCCAACGCCGUCUUCUCCAUGCACCGCGGCACGCGCGCCGCCGUCCGGGAGGGCCUCAAGGGCGCGGCCUACGGCGGGGCCGCGUGCAUCGCCAUCCGCGGCCUCGGAGCCUUGGUCGACUCGCGGGAAAGCUCGCGCGCGUAA